UUCUGUUCCGCUAGCUGAUGUAACGCAAAACUACAUAAACUCUGCCCGCACCUAACCAGGCAAAGCGUCAGUUAAUAAAAGAAAAAGAAAAUGCGGUUCAAGUAGGAGUAGCACAACUAAACGAGUGACGUUUCCAUUUUAAGAGGAUUGCAUUAGGUAAUAUAGGAGUGGCGCUGUUUGGAGUGGUACUGAAACUGACAGACACUCUGGGCAUAACACAGACCUCCACCAGGCUCUAUCUACUGCGAGCAGUUAUGUUCCUCUACAAAGACAGGAAUAACACACCAUGCGAGGAAGAGGCUACCCCCUAGUGCCAUGCUGAACAACCUCUCGUUUAUUUUACUGGCUCUGCUCGCCACCUCCAGCGUUUUUAGGUGGUCCCACUGCUGGAACGACGAGGACCUACUGCUCCCCCCAAUCAACUCCUCCAAUAGAUUUCUUGCAAACUUAGACGUGGAUGUACGGUACUCCAAGAGAUCCGCAGAAUCCGCGCUCCAGCCCUUGUGCAAUAUCAGCGUGCAAAGGCUGAUUUCGACCUCGCUGGUGGCGCGCUGGGACAGGCACUUUGGUUUCCAAUGCGAUGUCCUCGUCUACACCACCAACAACCACGGGCGAGCCUUUUUCUCCGCCGCUUUCAAUCGGGUCGUCUCACCUGUUGUCAUCGAGCACCUGGGUGUCUCGGGGGGCCAGCAGGAGUUCAGGUUGUGCGUCGGGUGCGGCAUCUCGCGAAGCUGGAGGUUCGGCCAGGCCAGGUCACACCCAGCUCAAGCAGGGGAGCCCCUGAGUUUCUGCUGUCUAGAUUUUAACUUGGACGAGCUGAAAGGGGAUAACAGCUGGAGACUUAACCGCAAGCCAAUCGAGUCCACUUUAGUGGCCUGUUUCAUGACUUUGGUGAUCAUUGUGUGGAGCGUUGCUGCCCUCAUCUGGCCAGUGCCUAUCAUCGCAGGCUUUCUACCGAAUGGCAUGGAGCAAAGGAGACCAAGAUAAAACGAAAAGUGCAGAUUUCUUUUUUUUUUUAAAGGGCAUAUUUUAGCUUCAUUUUUAAGGGAUAGUAUUAGUUGAUUUCUUUUGUGGACACAAUCGAUAGUAUGAAAAGAAAAACAGUCUACACGCAGGUAACAAUAUUAAGGCAAAGUUUUAUUAUUUUACAAAAAAUAAGAGUUUGGGUCAUGGUGUUUCAUUAAAGCAUAAAUUUUGUUUAUUUCUUCACCGCUUUUAUGAAUAGUAUUAGUAGUACAGCUACCGGUUAUAUUUUGUUUAUUAUUUGCUGCAAAUGUUUAAACUAUCAAUGUGUUGUUUAUUACUAGGAGAGUAAACUGUGGGCAUACAUAGGCAACAAUUUAUUUAUAAUGCUUUUUAAAUGUUUGUGUUUUUGUUAUAUAUUUGUGACCAAAUAUGUGAUUUUCUGGAGAAUAAUGAUGUUACAACCCUCAGGGCUGUCAACUUGUGAAUUGUCGCCUACACUGUACAUAGGAAGAGAUGUUCGUAUUAUUAUUAAAAUCAUAUUCAAAUUCGUAAAACUAUUUAGAAGGUCCGGUUGAAAAAUGUACACCCUGGAAAAAUUUGACAAGCAGUUUUGUUAACAAUGUAGUUGCUAUAAUCUGAAGACAACUGUGCUUUUUGGAGAAAUAGAACCUAACCUUUUUAUGAAAAUGUUUGACAAAUCAGGCAUGAAGCAAGUUUCAUUAAAAAGUACGAAGCUGUGUUAUGUAUGCAGGGAUAUUCAAGCAAAAAAGUCUAAAUGAACAGAAUCAGAAUUCUGAAGAAAGAAAAUGAAACACACACUGCUCAAAUAGGCUGCCUCUCUCUCUCUCUCUCUCUCUCUCUCUCUCUCUC